AUUCUUUUAGCAGUAAGAACAAAUAAAGUAUGCAGAACACCGUUUCCGGUAUAACGAGCUCGAUGGAAAGUUGGCAGAGUUCACAGGUAAUUAGAACGAAGAAACGUUUGAUAGACUGGUUUAGGCGCUUCUUGUUAAACCAAAUGAAUCUUUCCGGAACCAGUGAAAUUGUCCGUAAACGUUAGCGUCGUUCAUUAUUGCUGAACGUACAACUUUUAUCGUCUGCUAGUGUCACUGACAGCAAUGGACAACAUUUAAGCAAAGAAAACGCGAAAACCAAACUGGACUGACCAAGAGAUGUUGGUAUUGGCCGACGGGGUCACGGAACAGCUGCAUAUAAUUAGGGGAACAUUUUCUCCGAUUUUAACAAAUGAAAAAAACCCAAGAAGCAUGGGCCAGUAUAACGAGCAAAAUCAAUGCGGUCACAGUAACAUGUGUCAGAACCAGUGAUGAAGUGAAAAAAAGGUGGCAGGAUGCCCAGUGUAGUGUUAAGAAGAAAGAAAGUAUGAGAGUAAAAGAAAGUGGAAAAACUGGUGGGGGACCAGCCCCUGAGGUUCUAUUCAAACCUUGGGAACUCAUUGUACUUCGGACACUGUCUGCAACUGCCAUUGUGGGCAUUGAAUGUGGAGUGGAUACGGGUAAAAGUGAAAUAUCUUUGCAGUCAACCGUCUCACAAGAACUUUCCACCAGUGUUAAGCAGAUUACAGAAGGUUUCAUGGAAGAAAAAAACAUUUCCAUCCACACAAGUCGUACAAGUUUACGCAAGGAUCAUGAUACGGCAUUGAAUACUGACACCCAUGAGCAGCGUGAGUGUAAAAGAAGUGCUGAUCAGAUUGCAGAGCAGCUGCUGCAUUUGAAACGGCAGAAACUUGACAAUGAUGCUGCAUACAGACAGCAGCACCUACAACUGCAAAAUAGAAUUGCCGUUUCCCUGGAAAAAAUCGCGAAUGCCUUAUCAACAUCAACAUACAGUGAGAAAGAAAAAGAAGUUUUGUCUGUAACACCAAUAAUUGAGUUUUAAAAUU